AUAAAAUCCUUAAUGGAAAACUCACAAAUCAACGAUUACAUUCAAGGAAAGGGAAUAGAAGACACUAUUGAUGAAAUCAUUGUGGAAUUGCUCAAGUCAAAGCCUAGUGACCCCAUUCCAACAAUUCUCCAUAUCUUAGAAGCAAAGAACGGGAACCAAACUCCCGAGUUAACAGAGAAGGAAGAGAACGAACUAAAGAGCCUCCAGGAUAGGUGGAAAGCAAUAAACCAAGGAAAGGAGCUCAGAAAGUCCCAAAGCAGUAAUUCUAACUCACAGAUAAUUUUCACUGUUGAGGAGUCUAAAUAAAGGCCAAAAGGAUAGUCCCCAGGAUACAGAUGACAGCUCUUCUUCCUCAGAUGAGUCGGAGCCCUUCACCAGGGAGUCUCUUCUUCAAGCACAUAAAGGGUUUGAUAAAGUUCCGCGCUCAAGUGUGUCUGCAGAAGCCAUGGGUGUUUUCUCCAAAAAGAAAGAGUUCAAAAAGAUUGUGAUCCCCAAAUCUGAAGUUAUUAAAGAAAAGAUCAAAUCUCGGCUCAAAGAAUGCUUCAUGUUCAAUAAUCUGGACGAGGAAGAGCUGGGAAUAGUCAUUGAUGCUAUGAAAGAGGUCAAGUACAAAAAUGAGACGAUCAUCCAGCAAGGAGAUUCUGGCAAUACACUCUAUGUUCUUGACUCAGGAAAAUGCCAUUGAUUCAAGCUACUAGAAGGAGAGAAGAGGCCAAGCAAGCUCAGAGAUUACAUCCCAGGAGAAGCUUUUGGAGAAUUAGCCUUACUAUAUAAUGCUCCAAGGGCUGCAUCAAUCAAGGCUAUUGGCGAGUGAACCUUAUUUGCAUUAGAUAGAGGAACCUUUACUCAUAUUGUCAAAGAUGCAUCACAGAAAAACAGAGAAGCAUAUGAGGAGUUCUUCAAAAGUGUUGACUUCUUCACUCAAAUGGACUUUUAUGAAAGAGUCUUGCUUUGUGAUGCAGUCAAAAAGGUCAAAUAUAUCAAAGGCGAUAGAGUAAUCAAAGAGGGAGAUCCAGGAGACUCUUUCUAUUUCCUUCUGAGUGGAACAGCAAUUGCUAAAAAGUUGAUCGAUGGAAAAGUCAAGAAUGUAAUGAGCUAUAAUCCAGGAGAUUACUUUGGAGAAAGAGCUUUGCUUACUCAAGAGCCAAGAGCAGCUACAAUCCAGGCUACCUCAGACACCUUAGUCCUAGCUAAAUUAGAAAGUAGGAGCUUUAAAAGACUCUUAUGAGAUAAUGAGAAGGUUAAGUUGCAUCUCCUAAAAGUCAUAAAUAAUCUUUAAGUUGAUAAAGCAUCCGAAAUAGGGAAAAUUCUUAUCUCCUUCUUCCUUCCAGUCAUUUGUCAAAUAAUCCAACUAAGCUAUAUCCACUGAAGUGUUGUC